AGAAUAUUCGAGAGCAUGCUCAUAUCGUCGCCGUCCAUUGGAUUCCAGGUUAAACCCUAGAAAUUUAGGGUUCUUGGCGGGCGGCGGCGAGUUCCUCCGGGGCGAGAGACGAGAGACAAGUGAUUCGUGCGGGGAAGUAACCGAUCGAAAGCAACGAUGUCGGACGCCGACGAACCCAUAGGUGAGGCUGCCGCCGAGAAGACGACUCCCGUGCUUGGAGAGCCCAUGGAUAUCUUGACGGCACUCCAACUGGUGCUCAAGAAAUCUCUCGCUCACGACGGUCUCGCCCGGGGUCUCCACGAGGCCGCCAAGUCGAUCGAGAAGCACGCUGCGCAGCUCUGCGUCCUUGCCGAGGACUGCAACCAGGCCGACUACACGAAGCUCGUCCAGGCCUUGUGCGCCGAGCACGACGUCAACUUGAUCUCCGUUCCCAGCGCCAAGAAGCUGGGUGAAUGGGCCGGGCUUUGCAAGAUCGACUCCGAAGGCAAGGCUCGAAAGGUCGUCGGCUGCUCCUGCGUGGUGAUCCGGGACUAUGGCGAGGAGACUGAAGGGCUAAAUGUGAUCCAAGAGUAUGUCAAGAGCCACUAAGAAGAAAAAAAAAGAGGAAAUAGUCUAUAACGUUUGCCGCCGCCGCCAUUGUGUUUUUUGGGAAAGAGAAUGGAAAAAAAGGGGGACCUUUUCUUUUA